AUUGUGACGUCAUGACUAAGAAAAUGACAUCAUUGAAAUUCAGACAAUUAACGCUGAAAUUAUGGAAGAUAGAAAAAAGAAGCCGCGCUUUAGUGAAAAAGAACUUGAAAUAUUAGUUCAAGGAGUUAAAGAACGCUCAGAUGUCAUCAACUCAAAAUUCAGUGACAUGAUCAGCAAUACAAAGAAAAAGCAAGCGUGGGUGGAAAUUUUGGAAUCUGUAAACGCUGUCUCAUUCUCAAAAAGAACUGUCGACGAAAUUAAAAAGAAGUGGGAUGAUGUAAAGAGGGGUACAAAGAAGAGAGCUUCUGCCGUCCAGAAAGAACGGUGUAAGACGGGGAGUGGAAAAUUGGAGAUUAUACCUUUAAGCCCAAUGGAAGAAGAUAUUGUGUCUGUAAUAGGAGAGGAGAGAAUUUUUGGAUUCAGCUCGUAUGUAGACACCAUGAUUCCACCUGUAAGUGAGCCUAAUUUCAUUCCGUCAAUUAUUUGCUUUAAUCUAAAACAAUAUACACCAAGCAAAGCUGUCUCUGGAGAGAGUCCACCACAAGAAGUACAAGAGGUACAGACAACUAGGGAAGGAGGCAUCAGUGAAAUAUCUAAAACUUUUCCUAGUCCAGUACCAAGAGUCCAUACAUCACCUACAAGAAAUGACAGCCCAGGUGUAAUGUUGACUACAGCAACAGCUAGCCAUGCGCCAACACCAAGAGGACCCCUAAAGACAACAACAAGAAGCUCCAUCUCAACUAGUAGCACCCCCACACCAAGAGGACCCCUAAAGACAACAACAAGCUCCAUCUCAACUAGUAGCACCCCCACACCAAGAGGACCCCCAAAGACGACAACAAGCUCCAUCUCAACUAGUAGCAUUCCCACACCAAGAUGA